ACUCCGUACACCAUCUUCAAGGUCCCCCUGCUUCUUACCCCAAGAUCUGUCGCCACUCACCACACUACGAGCAAAGGCAGCUUUACCCUUCAAACCACUAUGGCCCGGGCAGUCCCAUCUCUCCUGACAGCCGUGGGAGGUCUCCUCCUUCUAGCCGCCACUGCUACUGCCAAAACAGACCUCGGAGGCUGCACCUCAACCAAACUCUCCCUGCCAACUCCCGGUGUCAUCUGGUACGACCCCGAGACCGGCGAGAUCUGCGAGAUCCUCGACUGCGGCGGCGGCCGCGCCCCGCCCAAGACAACCGUCCCUGGUUGUCCCUUGUACAAGGGAACCGAGACGGUCACGCCUUCAUUCUGGGCGGGAUUCACGGCUUCUGUCGGGGCUACGGCUUCGGCAUCGGCAACGACGGAAACGGACAAGGGCAAGGAGACGGGCACGGGCACGGGCACGGGUACGGUCAAGGCUACUACCAGCACGAAGGCUGCGGCUGAGAGUGGUACGACAACGAGCGCGAGCGAGGCGGUAGAGACGGCGAAGUCACAGGGCACGGGGAAGGGCACUGAGACUUCGUCGGCUUCCGGGCCGGUUAACACGACCGCCGGCGCGCCGGAGAGCAGUGGCUCUUCGUCGGCUUCACCGGCCAAGGGAGGGGACAACGGCGCGGUUACGCUGACGAUGGAGGUUACGUCCGUUGCUACCGCGGCGGGCGGAGCUACGACAGUGGCGAGUUCGGGAUCCGGAGGGGCUGCUUCACCUGCGCUUCAGACGGGAGCUGCGACAGCGCCCACGGCGGUUGGGAAAGGCGUGCUUGGUCUUGUGGCGGGUGUUGCGGCUGCUGGCUUGGUUCUAGCUUAGGGGAAUUGCGGACAGGGUGGAAAUUGUACCUGUAGAUAGGUUAGCAGCAGUGCAUAACGCCUGAUAGCGGCCUGUUGGUGGAAGCGG